AUGGGUAACCAGCAGUCCAACAUCGGCGGAGGCGGCCACGACGGCAAGGAUGAUAAGGAUAAGAAGAAGGACAAGCCCAAGUACGAGCCGCCACCACCUCCUACCACUCGCAUCGGUCGUAAGAAGCGCAAGGCCGCCGGUCCCAGCACUGCAUCCAAGCUCCCUGACAUCUAUCCGACAUCACGAUGUAAGCUGCGAUACCUCCGAAUGCAGCGCGUCCACGACCAUCUACUGCUGGAGGAAGAGUAUGUGGAAAACAUGGAACGGUUGCGGAAAGCCAAAGCGUCCGUAUCCGACUCCGCCAACCGAGGGGAUGUUGAUAUCACCGACCGAAAUGCGGACGAGCGCAGCCGAGUGGAUGACAUGAGAGGAAGCCCGAUGGGAGUCGGCAACCUGGAAGAGUUGAUCGAUGACGACCACGCCAUUGUCUCGAGCGCUACUGGCCCCGAGUACUAUGUGUCGAUCAUGUCAUUUGUCGACAAGGACCUUCUUGAGCCGGGUGCUAGCAUUCUCCUACAUCACAAGACGGUAUCGGUUGUAGGUGUAUUGACCGAAGAGUCGGAUCCGCUGGUCUCGGUGAUGAAACUCGACAAGGCGCCAACCGAGUCCUAUGCCGAUAUUGGUGGUCUUGAGUCGCAAAUUCAGGAGGUUCGAGAGUCAGUCGAAUUGCCAUUGCUUCAUCCCGAGCUGUACGAGGAGAUGGGUAUCAAACCACCCAAGGGUGUUAUUCUCUACGGAGCUCCCGGAACAGGAAAGACGCUACUUGCCAAGGCCGUUGCAAACCAGACCAGUGCUACGUUCUUGCGUAUCGUUGGAAGUGAGUUGAUUCAGAAGUACCUUGGAGACGGACCCCGUUUGGUGCGACAGAUUUUCCAGGUCGCGGCUGAACACGCGCCAUCCAUUGUCUUCAUCGAUGAAAUCGAUGCCAUCGGUACGAAGCGUUAUGACUCGACUUCUGGUGGUGAAAGGGAAAUCCAGCGUACCAUGCUUGAGCUUCUCAACCAGUUGGACGGUUUCGAUGACCGUGGAGACGUCAAGGUGAUCAUGGCCACGAACAAGAUUGAGACUCUUGACCCUGCUUUGAUUCGUCCUGGACGUAUCGAUCGAAAGAUUCUUUUCGAGAACCCCGACCAAAACACCAAGAAGAAGAUCUUCACCCUUCACACCUCGAAGAUGUCCCUCGGAGACGACGUCGACCUUGACGAGUUUAUCAACCAGAAGGAUGACCUGUCCGGUGCCGAUAUCCGCGCUAUCUGCACGGAGGCUGGUUUGAUGGCUCUGAGAGAGCGCCGCAUGAGGGUGCAGAUGGACGACUUCCGCGCCGCUCGCGAGCGGAUCAUGAAGACGAAGCAGGAUGGUGGUCCCGUGGAGGGAUUAUACUUGUAG